AUGCCACCCAUUCGCCGAUACCUCAGAAUCAGUAAAUACUCCGUCCUCGAAUGUCGGAUCUACCUCGACAACCCCUCUGAUACCCGAUGGCUGCUCGACUCCCGUGAUCCCGUCCUCCCGCGGAUCUUCUCCGCCAUCCGACCGCUCGUGCUGCCCAAGUUGCGUGAGGAGAAUGAACGGCUUUUAGCCAGGAAGAGGGGACAUCCGGUUAAGGAUGUGAUCGCCGAAGAUGACUUCGAGGUUGCCUUGUUCCUUCGCGAAUCCCGCACGCGUCACUCGCUUCUUACGAGACAGAAGACAUUCGAAGAACCCGACGAUGCACGAAAAAGGAAACCCAUCGACCAAGCUACCGGCUCAGCUGACACGGGAAUCCUAGUCGAAAGCGACGACGACGAGGCACAGCCGAGCCUGCACAAUAUCCCUGUCGCCACAGAUGACGACACAUCCACCAAGCGACCAGCAGAGACAGAUUCACCCGAGGUCUCACCAGAGCGCAAACGGACAUCAAAGAGGCAAAAAGACAAGCAGCCAGCAUCAGACGAGGAGGACCAAGAUGAGAAGAAGCUGCGGUUCCGGACGAAUUACGAGAGUUUCAACAUCUACGGCUGGGUGCUGUGCCUGCUGGUCACGCGCAAAGGCGUCGCCGCUAAGCAGGCUGCUGACCCGGCUGAACCGAAGCGCCAGGUCCUCAUGGAGGAGUGGAUGUCCACUCAGGCACAGGGGGAUAUGGACGAGGAAUAA